AUGACUACUCGAUUUCUCAUUCUUUCCGACACCCAUGCGACAGAUUAUACACCUCCGGACCAGCAUGCAGACGUUGCUCUUCACUGCAGCGAUCUUACUCAAGAAUCCAAGAUCGACGAAUUCCGAGCGACAAUAGGGCUCUUGAAGGGUCUAAAUGCUCCGUUAAAGCUCGUUAUCGCUGGUAACCAUGAUUUUACUCUCGACGUGCCGAUGUUUAGAGAAAAGGUCGCGGAGAUGGCGGGACCAGUCGAUCCCGAGCUUGUGAAAAGUGUUUACGGCGACUAUGGGGAGGCAAGGAGACUUCUUAAAGAGGCAAGGGAACACGGCAUUAUACUACUAGACGAGGGCCUGUAUACCUUUGAUCUUGCAAAUGGGUCAUCGCUGACAAUAUACGCUAGCCCAUUUACGCCUUCCGAGGGCGGCUGGGGAUUCCAAUAUUCCCCCAGACAAGGCCACGGCUUUGAUAUCGAGGACAGAGUCGACAUUGUCAUGACCCAUGGGCCUCCACACGGGGUGAUGGAUCGGCCAUACUCUUCCUCAAGGGUCGGAUGUCCUGAUUUAUUUAAAGCGGUCUUCCAGGCACGGCCGAAGCUACACUGCUUUGGACAUAUACAUGAAGAAUGGGGUGCAAAACUGGUUACCUGGCGCGACAACGACAACAUGGACGCAUCACAUUUGACCGUCAUCGAAAACGAUCCUGGUAAGUCGCCGGUGAUAACUAACUUGUCAAGGUUGGGCGGAUCAAAAUACGAUGAGCCAGAGGCCAGAGAAGCAAAGCUUGAAAAACUGAAAACUUCCCAAAGAGAGGGAUGUUAUUCGACCAGAUGCUCUGCUGAACCAGGAACCCAAACACUCUUCAUCAAUGCGUCUAUAAUGGGGGAUCAAGACCAGCAUUUCCAUCUCCCCUGGCUAGAUCUGGCAGCGGUGUAA